AUGGCGGCUAAAGUCUUUCAAGUACUCUUAUAUGCAUUCCUCUUUCUCUUCCUCAUCCUUUUCCAAACAAACAUGGCGAUAUCGUCAGGUUUUGAGUUUAUCAAACCGUUGCAGGGAUCCAAGAAAGGUGACAAAGUGGAAGGACUAUACAACCUCAAAAAACACCUCAAAACAUUUGGUUAUAUUGAUGAUCUUUCCAUUGACAGUAAUAACUCUCCUGGAGCUGAUGAUUACUUUUCGGAUCAACUGGAGUCAGCCAUUAGAACCUAUCAGACCAACUUCAACCUCAACUCCACCGGAGUUUUGGACGCCGACACCGUGUCACAAAUGAUGAAGCCUCGAUGCGGAAUGCCAGAUAUCAUCAACGGCACAAACCUGAUGCAGCGGCGCCGCCGCGGAGGAGCCUUUGAAGUGGUGCCAAAUUAUUAUUUGUAUCCCGGAAUGCCCAAGUGGCCGGACAACAAACGCGUUCUCAAAUAUGGAUUCGCCGGUGGUACCCCGUCUAUGUUUUUCCGGCCUGUUAGGAGGGCCUUUGAAGAGUGGCAUACCAUUGGUCGAUUCUCGUUCACAAGAACUAACUUCAGAAGCGCAGAUUUAACUUUUCAAUUGUUCGCCGGUAAUCAUGGCGAUGGAAAAGUCAACGGUUUCUAA